AACAUUUUGUCCAAUCGUACAGAAAGGGCGGUGCUCGUGAGUACAGAAAUACUUGUCCUGGAGCGGGUAAUAGUAGGAUGCGAGUGGUGACACCUACCAAACAAUGUUUUCGAUACUGUGAACAGCAAACCAGCCGACUCUGUUUGAUCUUCAAAGUGGUGGUUGAAUCUUCCUAUAUUUGUGCCACGGCAAGGCUAAAAUUUUGAACCCUGCAGGUGCCGUGACCCAGACACACCUGGCAGUAAGAGCACCGUGUCGACCUCGGGGCAGUGAUGUCGGCUGCUGUGUCCUCGUGGGUCCUGCGUUGCUCCAAGAGGCCAGCGUGUCACACGUUGGUCUCCCGCAGCCAGCGCAGUCUGCUCCCCGGGCGGCGGGGUCUCCCUCCCUGGCCUCCGCAGCGGGCCUGGUUCUCCGUAGACUCGCGCCCCAGCGGGGGCCUCGCUGCCCAGGGCCGGCGGCGCUUGUCGACCGGCGAGGACCCGGACUUCCAGCUGAGCGACGCCCAGGUGAACGCCGUCCUGAGGGCCAACGAGCAGGCCGUGCGCUUCCCCGAGUCUGACGCCCGGGGCCCGGCGGGGCCCGUGCUCGGGUUCGAGAGCAACCAGCUGGCCGCCAACUCGCCGGGGGAGGACCGGCGCAGCGCCGUCACCUGCCUGCUGACGCGGGGCGCCAUGUUCGGCGUGUUCGACGGGCACUGCGGCUACGCCUGCGCGCAGACGGUCAGCGAGCGGCUGCUCUACUACGCCGCCGUGGCGCUGAUGCCCCGCCCGCGCCUGGAGGAGCUGGAGGGCGCCAUGGCCGAGCUCAGGCCCGUCUCGCCCGUCCUGCAGUGGCACAAGCACCACAACGACUACAACUACCGCGCGUCCACGUCGCUCUACCUCAAGCACCUGCGCGCCUUCUGGCGGGAGCUUCUGGCCGAGCAGGGGCCCCGCGGCGGGGAGGGCCUGGGCCCCCGGGACGCCCUGGACCGGGCCUUCCGGCGGCUGGACGCCGACAUCUCGCGGGAGGCGCAGGUCCCGCUGGAGAGCGCCCCGAUGCGGAGCGCGGCGCUGGAGGCGGCGUUCUCCGGCUCCACCGCCUGCGUGGCGUACGUGGACGCGGAGGGCGUGCACGUGGCCAACGCGGGCGACUGCCGGGCCGUGCUGGGGGUGCGGGGGGAGGACGGCGGCUGGAGCGCCCUGCCGCUCUCCCGCGACCACAACGCCCUGAACGGGGCGGAGCUGGCGCGGGUCCGGGCCCGGCACCCCGACUCGGAGCGGGCCACGGUGGUGGCGGACGACAGGCUCCUGGGGACGCUCAUGCCCCUCCGGGCCUUCGGCGACGUGCGCUUCAAGUGGAGCCUGGAGCUGCAGCGGAAGGUUCUGGAGAACAGCCGCGACCUGGACUCGCUCGACAUCUACGAGUACACUCCCCCCAAUUACCUCACGCCCCCCUACCUGGAGGCCACCCCGGAGCUGACCUAUCACAGGCUGCGGCCCGGGGACCGCUUCCUCAUCCUGGCUUCCGACGGUCUGUGGGACAUGCUGGACAGCGAGGGGGCGGUGCGGCUGGUGGGCGAGCGUCUGACGGCCUCCGGCCACCAGGAGGCGCCGCCCGCACCCGUCCUCGACUCCAACUCCGCCACGCACCUCAUCAGACACGCGAUCGGGACCAACGAGUACGGCGAGGUCGACCCAGAGCGCCUGGCUGCUAUGCUGGCACUGCCGGAGGAGGUGGCGCGGAUGUACCGAGACGACAUCACCGUCACCAUCGUCUACUUCAGCCACGCCAAACACCGGGACGGCUAGGCUGGGCCGCCGAGCUGUGAUGUAACUGCUGUCUUGGGUCUGUCCACCUGGGGCAGCUCCGUUCCUCUGUUCAGUCCAUUGUCUGUUAAAAGAAAGCCUGCCGGUCUGUCAGCUUUCAUUGUGCUCAAUAUGUAAUAAGUGAGAGGGCCAAGCAGCACACACAAUCCAUUUUUGCCUUAAACUGAAUUUUUAAAUCCCUGAUCAGAUUUUUUUUUUUUAACCAAAAUAAAAGUUUUAAAAAUACAGUUUUUGAUGGAUAAAUGUGUUACAGUACUUCUCCUUUAUUUAAAUGUAGCUGUGGAGAAGGCAAUCUAAGACACGGCACAAAUGCACACCAGUCCCAGAGUUUGGUAUGACGAAAGCAGAUAACUAUUCCCAUAAAGUAAAAGCAAGUUUAGCAAAGCACUCUGUACUCUGCACAGCAGAAUUUGUAUUGUGUAGAAAGCCAAAUGCCUUAGGCCAGGGGUGUUCUGUGCAACAAGAUUGCCACAUUUGCUAUUAAAAAAUGUACUGUACAAACUUGCAUCAUAUUCCUAUUGCACCCGUGUGACAAGUUGUUUGGUACUCAAAUGAGUAUUUAAAAAAAAAAAAAAAAAAAAAAAUCACUAUUAAUGUUAAAUCUGCAUGACUGCGUGACAAUUGGGUGCAUUUCAAGGCAUCAGUACCAUUCUGUGGAGCCCAAUGAAUAAUGAUGCUUUUGAUAGCACUGUGAGAGGUACUAUAGCAACUUUUGAGCAAAGUCGUUGCAGGCUGGUUGAUAUUGUCCCUUUUUAUCCUAUUAAAUAGAAAAGUUACGGUAAAAAUGAAAAAGUUGAUAGUUUCGGCAGAGCUGCUUUUUGAAAUGAAGUUGGUUAUUUUCUCAAUUGUAUUUUUUAUUUUUUUAUGCCAAAAAUGGCCAUGCCGACUUAUUCAGAAAUCAAUCAUUUUCAAUAAUACUUUCUCAACCUGGAUUUCCACCUCUGCAUAUAAUCAGCCAGCUAGCUAGCAUCACAGAGAUACUGCCUCUCAUAGCUAUCUUGCAAAUGUUUGCUAGUAAUGUUGCGAUUGGUCAGUUUGAGUUUUCUCCAUCAAAGACGAUUUUCCCAUGUUGCACCGUGCUCCCUGUAACUAGCGUGACAUGGCACUGCCAAAAAAGAGGAAAAGCUCUAAAAUGGGGGACAGGCGACCACAUUACUGUGUUUGUGAUGCGCUAAUAUUUUGGAAAGGUCAGAGGAUGGUGAACAUUAAUGCACAGUAGGCAUAAAACCUUGGUAAAACUGCAAAGUAAUGCCGGGUGGCCCAAUGUUUUCCUUUUGUAGCAAUGCUGAAAUAAAUGACAGCAACAGCUUGCUGGCACUUUAAUUUAA